ACAUAAUAGAUAUGUGUGUGCUAAUAAAGGCAAUGUAAACAAGUUAACUGUAUUCCUUAUGAAGAUUUUAACAACAUUUAGAGAAACAUUUUGUCUUCUGACAGAUUCCCAUUGGAUGGUCUGGCUGUCAGUCACAUGUUGUGACAGAAACACCUACGAAAGCAGUAACACCUUAUAUCCGAGUUUCAUUUUGCAUAUGAAAAUAGUUAUAGCAUUUGUUGUUUGUUUAUUGCGAGUGUCUGAUUCACUGUUCGUCGUCUGGACUUUAGGACAAAUCACUGCACAAUUUUGAAGUUCCAACAAAAGCUUUACAAUAAAAGAUGGCUGGUUGUGUGAAAGUCAUUCUGCUAUUGUUGGGCUGCUGCUGCUGCUUGGAAAGCCACCUGAAGAAGUACUACUACAUCGAUCUCCCAUUGAGCUGGAUAAACGCUCGGGAAUACUGCAGGACCCAUUACAGGGAUCUGGCAACUUUUGAAAGCUCCGAUGAUAUGAACGGGCUGCAGUUCCAAUUUGAGGAUUCAUGGAUUGGAUUGUGGGAUGACCCAAAUUCUUGGAGGAACCAACUUGGUAGUGGUCCCAAUUCCUGGAGAUGGUCAUCAUUUGAGGAACCAGCCAAAACGAGUUACAUGAACUGGAAAUCCCUUGAACCUAGGAGUAGCUAUGAUAAGAAGCUGUCUGUUUUAAUGGUGGAUGGACAAUGGGAUGAAGACUCUGCUUACGGUCCUUUAUUUCCUUUCGUUUGUUACACUGCCGUUAAUGAAACCGCAAAAGUUUAUACUUACAUCAGCAACGCUGAGACGUGGACCGGUGCCCAAAAAUACUGUAGACACUACCACACGGACCUCGCUUUGAUUGAGAAUUAUGCUGAAAAUGCUGAGGUCUAUUUAGAAGCCCAGAGUUCAAAGGUUUGGAUUGGAUUGUACCGAGUGCCGUGGACGUGGUCAGACGGCUCUGCACCUAACUUUACCAACUGGGGUGCUCUCGAGCCAGGCGGCACAGAUGACAAGGAUUCUUGUGCAGUUUUGUCACCCACUGGCAAGUGGUUUGAUUUGGCCUGUGAGGACUCGAUGCCUUUUAUUUGUCAAGAUAUUAUACAGGUAGAUUACAAAAGUAGAGUGAAGAUGCAGAUUCAAACAGACGCUGACAUGACUGAUCCAGCUGUAAACACAGAGAUUCUCCAGCAGCUCAGUUCAAGGCUGACCCAGCUGGGACAGAUCGAUGUCAAACUCCACUGGACAAGUCCACCCUCUAAAAAGAAACGGCCUGGUAUCAAAUGACAGACGAACCAGUACCGGUCCACAGACCUGGGGUUGGGGACCCCUGCUUUGGCCAAAUUGUAAUUGUAAUAUUUUUUAUACUAGGCUGACUUAGAGCCACUUUUGCUUUUUUUGCUCAAUUCAUGGCAUGAAACCUUAUUGGCUUAUACAUUCUUCAUAGCAUCUUUUUUUAAAUUGCAGCUAAUUUAUACAUCUUGAAAAUAUAUACAUAGGCUUUUGCAAAUGUGAGUAUUUUUGCCUGUCUGUGGGAAUUUUACUCAUUUUGUUGUAGUUUGUGCUUCAUUAUAACUAAAUGGUGACUUUUUUUCUUUAAGAUUCUUAUGCCAAAGUUCUGAGCUCUGUUUUUACCUGGUUAGAUAUCAGUAACACCUUUUAUGUUAUUAAUUUGAAUGAGAAGCACUGAUGUAACGAGUUGCUUUAUCCACUUUAUUAAUCGCACUUGAGGACUGAAUAACAGUACAUCUGUGUUCACAGUUGGACCUUAAACGAGGAAAACAUUAACGCAAUCUUUAAAAACAAAAUCAAAUGCAACUUCAAAGAGGAGUUGAAACGUCCAGAAAAGCAUUUUAGCCUGUCUAAACCCUGUCAUCCAGCUCCCACUGCUGUGACCAAAAAUAAAGAGAUCUAUUGCACUAAUAAAUAACCCUUCAAUGGUGCCAGGCUUCAAGUGAAGGUUUACAGCUGGUUGUAAAGAAGUAGAAGGGAAACUGAGGAUGGUGGGUCGUUCCGUUCCACUUUAGCCCAAACCAUUUGGUGCAGCACGGCCAGAUUUAGACAAAAAUGUUGGGAACGCUCGUAAAAAAUCAAAAUGAGGGUCAGGCAGAGAAAAAGGGGUUUGACGACAAUCAGGAAGUCAAAGUGUGGGUACGAACAGUUCAUCUAAGUGCAGAGAAAUGUGUAUCUCUUUACCUUGUUCAACAUUUAAGUUUAAGGUUUAAUUAUUAUUGUUUGAUAAUAAAUAAAAUCACCUCCAUUUUAAAUCCAUGCUUGAUACCCAAACCUUGAUAUGGUUCCAAACUGAGUUUCAGGUGAACAUGAUGUUUUGUGAAUGGGUGUAGUCGUACAAAUACGACUUUUCACAUUAGAUUCCAGGGCACUGUUACAAAGUUCAAAAUUAAUGAGUGAAGAAUUAGUGAAAAACAAAAAUGUGAGUAAUAUUCAACGUGGCAGUAGAAAGAGGAUGAAGACGAGGAGCCCAGACAGGAUGGAUGAAGACGGAGAAAGGAGGACUGAGGAGACGGGAGCAUGGAGGGAGGUGCAGGAAUGUUUCACAUGCCUGUCCUCUCCGUGACCUCGGCUCCCCGGAGUGUGGGAGAUAGCGGGAGUAAUUAGCCUCCUUUAACAUUGGAGCUGCUCUGCUGCUGCUCCGCAAUGGGGUUAGCAGUGGCAUUGAAGGAGAUCAAGUGUAAUCUCGUCAUUCUUUUUUUGUUAGUAUUCAGACAAAAUAUUGUUGACAGACUUCAUGGACAACUGUUCACUGUGACAGAACGCAAUCGUCUCGAUGGUCGUUUCGAAAACAGGUUCUUUUCUGUUUUCAGGGUCUUUUGUUUUCAGUGCUUUUGGGUCGAUGAAUGCUGUAAAUGAGAUGCAUUAUUCUGAACAGGUUCCUCUUCUCCACCCGUCUCACAUCAGACCUACUUCAUCAUCUGUUAGAUUUAAUCAGGACUCUUCCUAACUGCAGAUAUUUCCCACUUAGAGUCAGAGAUUAAGGACGGCAGUGGGUCUAAAUAAAGAAAAACGCAGGCUAUAAGGAUUGAUUUUUCGUUUUUCUUCCCAAAGGCCACACGGUUUCAAUCCUGAAAAUGCCAAUAGUGGGACAUCAGUGUUCCACAGUUGCGCUCCAGUGACCUUUAUUUAAACCACACCAGUGAGUCUGCAGCUUAUCUGAUUUACAUAAGUCUCAAUAACAGCAGGGAGAAAGGAAACACACAUUAUUGCACAUAGUUGGACUGUUUUCUUUGGAAAUGUGGUUGAAAUUUGCCAUUUAUCUAAAAAAACAACCAAAACGAUAUUUAUAUUUUGCAAAUACUAAAAGUAUUAAGUAGCUCAAACAACAACACCGUUUUUUCAUAAAAGAACAAUUUAAAAUUAAAAGUUUUUUUUGUCAUUGGUUGGUGUUCACCUAAAUCUUUUGGGUCAU